GGUGUUGGCUGGCUGUGCUGGCUCUCCUGUCCCCUCUCCCCUCCCCCGUCCUCCCCCAAACCCCUCCCCCCUCCCCAAUCUUCCCAAUCAUAGGCACCUGAGCAGGAGGAGGAGGAAGAAGAAGAAGCCACAGGAUAGGGACAAGGAGGGAGAAGAAGGGGAUAAAAGUCUUGCGAUAUGGCUUCAGCGUUUGAUCCUGCUCUUGUGCCUGGAGGGAGAUGACGCCGGGAGACCUCGUCAAUCUUCAGGAUCAGAUGGGCUUGAUGUGUGCUCUGGGGAUAAGAUAGAUAUUAUCUGCAUGAUUGCUGUGGAAUUUGUUGAUAUAGCUUAUUUGUUAUAGAUCAUACUGCGUGCUUGUUAUUCUUAUUUAUGUACUGUAGCACGUACAUAUGGAGCAACAGUUGUGCUUCUGUUUUUUUUUCAUACUAGGAGCAAUUCUUGUCCUACUGCAUGAUUUCCUUCAGCGCCCAUAAGGCCAAUGCCAUACUGCUAGAUAACAAAAGUUGAAGAAUUCUGCAUUCUUCUUUUAUUAAAUUUCGAUUUAACAUGUAGUACAACUGGGGAUUGUUAAAGGCAUUGGACAUUGGUGGUUUGCAAGCACUACUACAGAGGAAGCUUUCGCAUAACCUUUUGUAUGGGCGACGAAGCGUUCCUGUUAUAUAUAGUGCUGUAGUGGACUUUUUUUUGUGUCUGUAUAUGAUCAUGCAUUGUCAACCAAAUAGAAGAAUAUGCAGCACAGAUUAUUGUAUUUGAGAGGCUCUUUGCAUACCAUGGGAAUUUUAUUAGUAAUAGUCAUGGCGCGAAAUAUUUGAAUAUUGCAAUGGUCUGGGAAAUAAAAGGCAAAAGGCGCAAGACGCAACACCACACAAUUGUAUGAGAAUUCACGAGGCUCAUUGUAUUGCAUGAGAAUUUAGUACGUGUUAUAGCCCGGAAGUCCUCUGAUGGCGCGGAAUUUCUUAAUAUUGCAACGGUCGUGCACGUUAUCUAGGAAAUAAAAGGAAUGCGAUAAAUGGCAAAAAUGAGCGAACUGCCAGGCCACUCAAUAUUCAGUUCUGAAUGUCAACAUGUUUGCAUUGUUCCAUCUGAUAACUUAGUUGUCCCCCGCAAAACAAAAGAUAACUUAGUUGUCCUUUCUCUGUUUUAUGCGCUAAUAAUUGCUUGGCCCAUCCGUGCUGCUUACGUCAUUGGCGGAAUGCGCUUUCCUAGUUUACAACUGCUCACAUUCAUCUCUCAUUUAACCGGUCCAUCCAUAUAUGGCACAUAUGCUCCAUUUUGUAUUCUGCAACUGUUUAGUUUGCUUUGUAUUGCUGCGCUGUCGAUUCAGCAAUCUGUCGGUUACUGUUAUUGCUACUUCAAUGUUAAGUCCAGAAAAAUUAAAAUGUACUAAUAUUUAGGUUAUAUCUGUCUGCAUCGCCGCUGCUACAAAAGUUACUAUCCUAUUCUGAAGGAGGAGAUUGCAUACUAGAUGUCAGACAUUCUUGCAGUAGCUCUAGGAGGAGCUGCAGGAGGUUUGGCAUUAGUUGGUGCCAUCACACUCAUUGUAGUGCUAUGCCUACGGCACGGCAGACGGAAUUCAGAUUCUUCAGAGAGUAAUUCGUCCGGUCAAGCUCUUCCAGACAUGCAAGGAGCAAGAUGUAUGACACUGGAGGAACUAAGGUCUGCUACAAAUAACUUCAGCAGCUCGAAUCUCGUCGGACAUGGAAUGUUCGGAGAGGUAUACAACGGUUUGCUCCAGGAUGGCACAAUUAUAGCGGUUAAAAGGCGGCAUUCUCCUCCUAGCCAGGAAUUUCUCCAUGAGGUUAAUUACCUGUCUUCUAUCCGUCGUCAUCCCAACCUUGUAAAUCUCUUGGGGUAUUGCCAGGACAAUGGCAUGCAGAUGCUUGUUUAUCAGUAUGUCCCCAAUGGCAGCAUUUCUGCGCAUUUGCAUGGCAACGGCAAUUCUCCAACUGUGAGGCUAGAAUUCAAGCAGAGACUUGCUAUUGCUCAUGGAACCGCUAAGGGCCUGAGUCACCUGCAUUCCAUGACCCCUCCUGCUGUUCACAUGAACUUCAAAACUGCUAAUGUCCUGGUGGAUGCGGAUUUCUUACCAAAAGUUGCUGAUACUGGCAUCCGAGGCCUACUUGAUCGACUAGGCAAUGCUGGCCCGCCUUCGAUGAUAUUCAAUGAUCCAUUCGUUGAUCCUCGGGGGAAGGAGUCCAUGAUUUUUUCCAUACAAAGUGAUGUAUACAGUUUUGGUGUGUUCCUUGUGGAGUUGAUCAGUGGAAGGACGGCUGCGUCUGAUCAAGGCAUUAUUGAAUGGGUUCGGAACUUUCAAGAAUCAAGUGAAAUCUCUGCAAUAGCAGAUAGGAGAAUGACCAGUGGCUUUACCCCACAAGGCAUGAAGGAAUUGUUGCGCUUGGCAUCGCGGUGCGUGAACCCGAGAAGCGAGGAUCGUCCGUCGAUGAGCCUGGUGGAAGCCGAGAUACACCGGAUACGCGAGCAGGAGAUCAGGAGGACGACAGCCAUGCCAGUGGGCGACACAACUGUGACCCUAGGCAGCCAGCUCUUCACAUCAUCAAGAUGAAGAAGAAUGGAAAGUUAUAGCAUUUCAAAGGCUAAGCUAGUUUUCCUCUUUCAGGGUUAUAGAUUAGCUAUUCUAGCUCCAAUUUUGCCCCAUUAGUUUCUUGUCAUAGCGAGCCAGCUCAUCAUCAGCUGUGCAACUCAAGUGUACAAAAAAGGAGGAGCUGUUAGGCUUCCCUUUUCACCCUUGGUUUAUUUUCUUCGUUAUUCGACAUAGGGUUUCAACUUGUACAAAAAAGAAUGACAAUUCUUUUUUGCUAGACUUUUGUAACAUCGAGAGGGUAGUGCCAAACAGGCAACUUUAUAUAUCUCUACAAUUUUAGACA